UAUAUAAGCUGCUGUUGCGGUUCGUACCUGGUCCAGACCAGUUCGACUUUCUAAUAGACCAGCCACAAUGAGAUACCUGGCGGCAUUUGCGAUUCUCGCUUUUUUUGCACUGACUUUCACGGAGGCGGCUGUUUACAUUGGCGGCGGUUGCUACGACUGUAAUCCGCCCGGAGGCCAGGGACCCGGAGUCUACACAGGUGUCAACGGCGGACGAGGAGGUGGAGGUGGAUACAACGGAGGAGGAGGUGGAUACAACGGAGGCGGUGGAGGAGGAGGAGGUCGUCGGCCAGUAUAUUCGGGCAACUUUGGACCCGGCUAUAGCAACGGCGGGGGAGGAGGAGGUGGUGGAGGUGGCUACGGAGGAGGGGAUGGUUACGAUGAUGGCGGCCUUACGCAGAUUAUAAGCGGCUGAGAUUAUAAUCUCGAAGCUUUGCUAGCGCUAAGCGCGCAGAGCCAGCAUCGUCAGAAACUAAGAUUACAUAGACUUAAAUAAAACAAAUAUAUAAUAUAUAUAU